AUGGUUCCGCUUUGGAUGGGAAGACUGUCAAGAAUUUUCUACCUAAACAUGAGGGGAAAUCAGCUAAGAGGCACUUUCCCUCAUCAUCUACUACAAAGUCCACUACGGCCUACAGUUUUGGACAUGUCACACAAUAGCUUCUCUGGAGCUAUACCAAUGAAUGAAAGAUUCCCAACACUAUUGGCGAUGGGUCUACUGUACGUGUUCUUCUUCUGGGAAAUAACAGCUUACAAUUUCAUAUCCCUGGAAAUAUGUCAGACUGCAAUUGCAACCGCCUCACAGGCUCCAUACCAUAUAAGCAUUUCAAAGCUCCAUAACUUGGAGAGUCUGGAUCUAUCCAACAAUGAACUAUCUGGAAACAUCCCUUCCGUGCUAGCCGACCUCGACAGUUUGGGAUACUUCAAUGUCUCUUGCAACAAUCUCUCCGGUGAAAUACCUUCCAAAGGCCAUCUUGUAACCUUUGACGAAAGGAGUUACAUAGGCAAUGCUCAUCUCUGUGGACGUCCUACCAAUAUCAGUUGCAACCCCACAAGAGCUCCAGAGGAAAGUGACAAUGAGGAAGAAGAACAUGUGAAGUGA